UCUGUACAGUGGUGUUUGGUUUGGAGGGCGAUCAGGACUGGUGUUUGUGCGUGUGUGUAAGAGGUCUAAUAGACAACCCAAAUCUGUGUGAACCAUUGUUUAAUUUUGUCAGGAGGUAACAGACAGACAUGCAGCGCAAUGAGGUUUACAUGUUUAUGAGGUACAUCAUGUCUCUGAAGUUGAUGGGCUGCUGUUUCUGAGCCUGAAAACAAAGAAACCUUCCCAAAAGUCAAAGAAAGGAAAAAAAAAAAACAGUUGCCCUUUUUUGAGUUCAUUGCUGCUGCCUGCUCAUAACUGUAGUGUCGCAUAGGACUGCAACUAAUGAUUAUUUUCAUUAUCGAUUCAUCUUCUGCCUAUUUUCUCGAUUAAUCGAAUAAUCAUUUGGACUAUAAACCGUCAGAAAACCCACAUUAUUUUUUCCUAGGCCCCACAACAUCAAAUAUCCUGUUUUUUGUCUGACUCGCAGUCUAAAACACUAAAUUAUUCAAUUUACAAAGGAAUACUCCAGCGAUUUUAAUAUUGUGCUUGCAUAAAGUUGGGGGACUCACGAGGCAGAUUUUUAUUUAUUUUAAAAAUAUUUAAAAUUGAAGCAGCGGGAGCCAAGAUAUCUUGACUAGCAUAGGUCAAAUUCCAAAGACAUUGGAUCCUCCAUUUCCCACAAUGCAACUGAAUGGUAUUUUUUUUUAUUAGAUAUUUCCUGCCUUCUAAACACCGCCCGCCCCACGCCCCUUCCCUCCCUCCUUAAAACCCCACAUACCCUUUUUGUAACGCAGGCUUUCUGUCAAGCCCAGAAAGAGACUAUGGCAUCAUCAGGGUUAUGUUUCUCAAACUAGAACGCUCCCCACAGAGCUGAAUAGCUGAUCUUCAUGUAUAAAAUCAGUGGAGUGCCCCUUUUAAAAACACUUGAGCCUCAUUGUUAUGAUUCACACAAGUUUAACUUUUGAUUUUGAGAUUGCACAACAAUGACUAUGUAAGUCAUUGAGUAAUGUCACCACUGUGUGAUGAGAAUCAUGACCAUGUCUUACAGAAGGUCAAUAUUGCAAAUGUAUAAAUCCGUACUGAUGGAUUGAAAACAAAUGGGCUACUUGACAUCAGAGGCCAGUUGAGGUGCUAAAAUUCCGAAUUAAUGUCACGUCAGGAACAAACUAUUUGAUAAGGGUAUUGUAACUCACGAGUUUUUAAAGCCACUCAUAAUCACGGCUUGGUUAUUCAUCUAAUAUAGACUACACCGGAGCCGUGUACAUUGCAGAGCUGCAUAAUAACUUUAAAGACAAAACCAAUCUCCAGAUGCUCCGAGGAUGACAUGGUGCACCAGCGCGCUUUUUUACGCGUGAAGUUGUUGGUGUGAGUUAAGUGCUGCUGAUAGCUCAAAAAAAGCUUUUGUUGGAGCAUUAAUUUAUUCCUCUGAAAGCUAAACCGGUUCAGCUGACCAGCUUGGGGACACAGCUUGGCAUAAUCCAUUACACUAAGUUUAUUAUGUGCUUUAUAAUUAAGGAUAUUUUUUGAGAUCCUCAGACCAAGGUUGAACUGUGUUUUUGCUCGUCUGUUAGUGUAACAAAUUGCAUUAUGUAUUUGUAAAUAUGAACUCGACAGAGCUCUACUUGUGAAUAAAGGAAGUUUUAUCACAGGACUCAAAUCAAUCAUGGAGCAGUUUGUGCGUGCUGAACGCUCUUUAGCAGUCUGCAGGCGGUUAUGUUACGCAGCAGGACAUUUUCUAAACGACCUGUGCGCCUCUAUGUGGUUCACCUAUCUGCUGGUCUACCUCCACUCCGUGCUCGGCUUCCAGAGCACCUAUGCAGGUGUGCUGCUGCUGAUUGGUCAGAUAGCGGACGGAGUCUGCACGCCUCUGGUUGGAUAUGGAUCUGACAGAAUAGCGAGCAUUUACGGCAAGAGAAAAUCCUGGCACCUAUUGGGAACUAUUUGUGUUGUUGUAUCUUUCCUCUUCAUUUUCAACCCCUGCCUGGCCUGUAACGACAACACUCCUCAGUGGGCUCGGAUUCUUUACUUCUCCCCCUUCAUCAUCGUCUUCCAGCUCGGCUGGGCAGCCACUCAGAUCUCACACCUGUCCCUGAUCCCAGAGCUCGUGUCCAGCGAGAGCGCCAAGGUGGAGCUCACUGCGUACAGGUAUGCCUUCACUGUGGUGGCCAAUAUUACAGUAUACACUGUGGCCUGGCUGCUCUUUCACUUCCAGUCUCAGCUAAAUGUGGACCCUGACAACACAGAUAACUUGGGCCAGGUGGACAUCCCUCUGUUCAGGACGCUGGCCCUCAUUAUGCUGGGUAUUGGAGCUUUAUUCUCCAUGAUAUUCCACAUCGGCACCAAAGAGAAGGUGUCAGCCUCGAGGUGCGAGGAUCAGCUGCUCAUACCUUCCCCUUCCCAGGAAGUUUUGCCUCAUCCUAUAUUUCAGUGGAAGCACUGGCUGAAGGAGCCCUCCUUCUACCAGGUGGCUUUCCUGUACAUGUGCACCAGACUAAUAGUCAACUUAUCUCAGACCUACAUCUCAGUUUACCUCACCGACUCACUGAUGUUACCAAAGAACUUCAUUGCCAUCAUACCUCUGGUGAUGUAUGUCAGUGGUUUUGUUUGCUCUCUGGCCAUGAAACCAGUCAGCAAGCUCAUAGGAAUCAGUAUUACCUAUUUGGUCGGCCUGUUGUUGGUGCUGGGCUUCGCCACCUGGGUGUUAGUGGACAAGAGCAUGGGAGCUGAGAGGAUCUAUGUAGCAGCCAUGCUGCUGGGAGCCGGUUCGGCUACAAUCCUGGUCAUGUCUCUGUCCAUGACGGCCAAACUCAUUGGAGAGCAGACACAAAGUGGAGCCUUUGUUUAUGGAUCGAUGAGCCUCACAGACAAGUUUGCUAGUGGUGUGGGGAUCGUCCUCAUCCAGAGCAUACGACCAUGCAGCACAGGUGUCUGCCGCCCAGACUGUGUUUGGUUUUAUCGUGACGUCAUGGCGAUGGUAACCGGGGGCAUAGGUGUGGCUGCAGCAUUUUGCCUGUUCACUCUUCUAAUCUGUCCAAUCAGGAUAGGGAGAUGUUAGGGGUUCAAAGUCUGCACUACACAUGCCAUGCUACCACCUAGUGUAUGAAUCUGUAACUACUCUGCUUUAUAUAGGGCAGGGGUCUUCAACGAUUUUUAGACCAAGGACCCCUUCGCUGAAAGACAGACGGAGCACGGACCUCCUAAUACAUAUAUUGUAUAAAAUAGAGUUGCUUAUUAAACUGGGCCAAAUGUCCAAUACGCUAUCUGGAGUAGAACAAAUAUUGGAUUUGGAGCUGGAGAUUGUGAGACUUGUGAGUCAGACUUAUUUUCCUCCUGUGGAUUGCAUAAUGUAUCCAUUUUCUAUUUGUUGUAAAAGUGAAAACUAAUAAAUGCAUUGCAAAUGCGA